AUGUCUUCCUUCCUUGCCCGACGCGCCGCCUUCGCCCCGGUCGCCCUCCGUGCCUUCAGCACCUCCUCUCCCCGAUCCGUCGCGCGCAUCACCCUCCUCGGCAACCUCGGAGACUCGCCCGAGCUGCAGCCCACCAGCACCGGCCAUGAGGUCAUCAAGUAUUCAAUUGCUAGCUCGACGGGUCCCAAGGAGAAUCGCCAUACGAGUUGGUUCCGCGUCACGAAGUUUAUUCCUGAGGGGAAUGAGAAGCAGCGUGACUUUUUGUUGAGCAUUCCCAAGGGCUCUACUGUUUAUGUCGAGGGUGAUGCUAGUGUUAGCACUUACCAGGAUGCUGAGGGCAAGACUCGAACUUCGCUCAACAUCAUCCAGCGCAGCAUAGAUGUCAUCAAACGCCCCAACACCGAGGCUACCCACGAGUAA